UGUUGCUGCUAUCAUCUGCGGAAUAUUUACAGUUUCCUUUGGAUGUCGUUUGCGUUUACGCUUAAUUUUAAGGAGUAUAUCAAUUGCAGUGCGGCUUCACGCGAUUUAAUCGUUGACGUGAAAUUGAAUUGAAAGGUCCUAUUGCUAUGCCCCGCUUGAAGAACAUUAAUCGUGAAGCCCGACUCAACGCUGAUGGUGUUGGAACCCGCGUCGGUAGCAGGUUAAAGAAAGCAAAAAUCGUCUUCGAUCCUUCAAAUAAUAAUUUGCCGAAAAGAUCUACACGUGCAUUGAGUAUGUGCAGCGAACCUCCACGGCAAAGAGUGAAUAAUUUUACCGAAAUGUCAAAAAAGCCAGAGAAAAGGAGUACAUCGCCCCCGAAUUUAGAUGCCAAUGUGAUCUUCUGCUGUAUGAUUUGCGGCAAAGUGGAGCCGAAAAAAGGCAAGAAGCUCAUAGCGUGCAAAGAUUGCAAUUACAAAGUUCACAGUUCAUGCCUGAAAAUAUCUUAUUUAAAUCAUGCGUUACUGGAAGAGCAUUGGAGAUGUGACAACUGUCGAAUGUGUGUAGUUUGCUAUGAAACCGCCGAAGCUGGUCCUUUGGUAAGUUGUUGCGUUUGUGUCGAUGCCUACCACCUUAGCUGCCAUUCUCCAAAACUACAGAAAGGCAUUAACAAGUUAAAAUGGGAAUGUUCGAAAUGCCAGAAUAUAGAGAAAAACACAACAAGUCGGAAACUUACAGCUGAUUCACGGAAGCGCUUAUCGCCAAUCCCAUCGGAAAUAUACAUUGGAAAGAAAAUUGCAAAAUCCGACAGUCGUGAGAAGAUUGACAGCAAUAGUUCGGGGAAGAACAACGGUAACCCUGUGACACGAAACGAUGCCAUCCCCGACAUAUCGGAUUGGUCAAGUGAGCGGGUAUCGAAAUAUUUUGAAAAAGAGUUCCCCAAUGAAGCGAAAAAGUUUAAAGAACACGACAUCGAUGGAGCAUCUUUACUGCUGGUCAAACGAUCCGAUGUUGUGAGCGGGAUGUCACUGAAAUUAGGACCAGCGAUUCGAAUAUACACGCGGAUUGUGCAACUACAAUCAAAAUCAAAUGAUCCACGAUUAACAUGGAUGUAAGAAUCUAAGGUUAACAACUGCCUUUCCUAACGACUGAAUACUACAUGCUGCUGCUAUGAAUCCUGUCAUGGGCUCUUUAUUUUCCCCUUUUGUGACAUAAAAAUGGAUCGAAUUCUGUCUACAAUUGAAAGUUGACAAAUAAAUGAGUUUUAAAUAAAC